GAUAGGGCAUUGCUAAGCGACCGAGAGGCGCUGGGUCGGUCGGUGAAGGGGAGUUCCGCGAAGCGCGGAAGUAGCCACCGGAUGAACCGCAGCCUGCAAGUUUUCAACACUCGAGACAGCCCCUUUGGGGAUGCUCCCCUGGGUCAAAGCUAGACCUGGCACCCCAAGGUGAGAACACCACACAGAGAGUGCUCUGUGCCAGCCUAGUAGCAAGGGAGUGAAGACCUGUGAUAAGAGAUGCAGACCCUGAGUCCAUCCAGGUCCCAGAGAUCCAGGAUCCCAGAAACUCCCAAGGCUCUGGCCACAGAUCCCAACUCCCCUGAGCUAUUUGAGGAGUCCUGGCCAUCCAGGUCAGGGACCCCUUCCCCACCCAGCACCACUGAGGAACAGAUGGGUGCCUCCUCCCCACCCACCCUGAUUGACAGUAGUGACUCCGUGGUGGCCAAGUUCAUAAACCGGUUCCGCCAGGCUCAGCCCACAAGCCGAGAGGAACGCCAGCCUGCAGGCCCAACCCCAGCUGACUUUUGGUGGUUGCGGCCUGAAUCUCCAGACCCUACUAGUCAACUUGCAGCAGCAGGAGCCAAUAAACCAGAAGGAAGACUCACCACGGAAGUCCUGACUCUUGCCAAGGUGGCCAGUGCAUCACAGGCUAAGGCUAUGGCCCCCCUUCAGGAAAUAAAGCAGAGCCUCAACACAUGGAACUCAUCUCUGCUGGACCUGGAGAUGCUGAGCCUGCAAAGCAGAGCUGCCAGGCUGCUGAAACACAGCAAAGCCUCCGUCUCCUCCUCCUGCAGCCCCAGCAAUUCCAGCAAUUCCUUAUUCCCUGUCAGCUCUGAUGGUUUUUCUCCUUCCUCUGUGGCCUUCACCCCUGACUCCAGCAAGGGCUCUGACCCCAAGGCACAUGCAACUCCCGCACCAGCUCCCAUCCCUGCUCCAGCCUUGGUCUCCUCCCAGGCACCCCUGCGACCAGAGGAUGACAUUCUGUACCAGUGGCGACAGCGGCGGAAGCUUGAACAAGCUCAAGGAGGUCAGGGUGAUGGAACCUGGGUAUUGCCAGGGACCUCUGCCCUCACUACUCCGGUUCCUGUCCCUGUCUGUCUGCAUACCUCGCCUGCCCCUGCGGAGACCCUUAGUUCCCUGGGAACACAGCCUAACUGCAUCCCACUUUGGGGCAGUGUGGCCGGGCCUGCUCCCCAGGAAGUCUAUGUGGAGAGGCCUCCUAUUCCCCCAGGGUUCUCUCCACACAUCUUUCGGGGCCCCUACCCCCAAGGGUUUUUCUGGGCCCCACAGACCGGUUCCUGGGUAUCUUUUGGGGGCGUCCCCCACACGCCCUGUGCCUCUAUUCCUGGGCCCCCUAUCACUCCCCAGGGCCCGCCCACCCCUGCGCCAUGUAGCUCCGCGCAGCUCGAGAGGCCGGACCCCAAACCUCGGAAGGGUAGAGCCUGGCGCCCAGAAUCUGCUGGGCGAGUCAUGGCUGACCAGGAGCCCAGCCCGCAGCUCCGCGGCCCUCUGGGCCAGGUAGUGACCGCUCGGCUCUUCCCCGACAGCCUGGAGGACACGCCCCCUCGCCUCAAGGGCCUGCCUCCACCUCUGGCUGAAUCUCAGAAAAUGAAGACCGCACAACCCAAAACUAAGGUCAUGCCCCGGUGCUCAGAAGUUACAUCCCCUCUAUCGGAUUCACGGUUUCCUCAGGCGACCCCACCUGGUUGGCCUAAGGCCGAGUCUCGAGAUGCCAAAGCCACGCCUCCCGCAGAGGGGUGGGUGCUUUGCAAGGAAGUCAGGAAUCCUCAGCCCAAGGCCCCGCCCCCUCCAGCUGAAGAGGCUUCCACCGGGGUUGAGGCCCCGCCCCCUUUGGUCCAGGCGGGGUCUUUAGAGGCUGCGGUCACCUCCUCGCCCGCUGCUGACCACGCCCCCCCAGAGGACCUGCUCUCCCAGGCCGCCAGGCUUCUGCAGGCUGCUGAAGAUUCCGACAGCAGCGAGUUCCAGGAGGACCCUGUGCUGCAGGUGCUAAGGGUUCAGAGGGCCGAGCUGCGGCGGCAGAAAAGGAAAGUGGACGCCCAAUUAUCCCUUCUACUGGGUCACACUGAAGACUCAGGGACUUGGUCUCCUCCAGCCAGGUCGCCCCCAGGACCCCAAGGAUGCGGCUGAGGAGGGAAGGAGCCUCACUUGAGGCCAGAAGACUUUGAAUUGUAGAAAUUCUGUUUUUCCCAAUGAAAUGCUCUUUUUGGGUUACAGGUUGUCUCUGAGAAAAGAGUCUGGAAAGGCCAAGAGUCAUGCUUGGGAAAUAGUCACCCCCCCCCCCCCCCCCACCCCACCCUUACCCUACUUACUGACUGUGGUACAGAAUCUCUUCUAGUUUUAUCCUCUUUGAGGUCUAGGCAGGGGAGGGGUUCCAGGCAAAGCUUCAGGCAGGACUGGGACUCAUCUUAACUCAGGAGUGGAUCCUCCUGUCUCAGAUGAGACAGAAGGAACUUCCCUCUUGGUAUGAAGCUAUCAGGGUGUUGGACAGUGGUUAGUCCUCAGUCCACGUUCUGCUUGAACCAGGACAGUAUUUGGUUCAUUGAUCCCACCCUCGAAGCUUUUCCUUCCCCUGCCUCUAGCAUCACUGACAUGUCACUUUGGUGUGUCCCAGGGCUCUGGUCUUAACUUCUCUAUCUAAACUCUUCCCAUGUGCUAUUGUAGCUUCCUGGCUCUACAUCCUAUCUCUAUUUUGAUAGUCCCUAAAUUUAUAUCUUCAGUCUAGACCUGGCCACUAAACCUCAGGCUUCUAUAUCCUGCUACCUGCUCAUCAUCCUCACUCAGAGGUCUAAGAGAUGUCCCAUACUGCACAGGUCUUAAACUGAGCUCCCAAUCUACCCCCUAAACCUGCUCCUCCCAAACUUUCCUCAGCUUUGUCCUUCCUGCUCAGUCCAAAAGCCUCAAAGUCGUCCUUGACUCUUGUCUUUUCCUUAUACCCACAGUCAGUUGACCAGCAAGUUCUGUCAGGUCUACCUUUAAAAUCUAUCCAGAAUUUAACCCCUUCUUCCCCUUCCAUGGCCCUCACCUUAUUCUAAGCUAUCAUUAUCUGUUUGGACUAUUAAAAACCUGUUUGUUUUGUCA